UUGUUGGGAAGCUUCCAGAUACAAUGAUAAACACAACGACAUGCAUGAAGAUGGCUCAGAUCUUAAGACCACAUCUAGUAAGUCCUUCAUUGAUUCCUCACGGGGUAAAAAUGCUUCCAGGUCCUGGAUCUAGGAUGAUCUCAACCCAUAAGUCCAAGAAGAAGAUCAAAGAAUAUUAUAGGCUGCUGAAUCUACACGAAGGGUGCUCUGUAGACGAUGUCAGGGAGUCUUUUCAUAAGCUUGCCAAGCUGUAUCAUCCAGACAGCGGCUCUAACGAUGCCGAUUCAGCAACAUUCAUAAAGAUCGAAGAAGCUUAUAGGAACGUGCUUUCCCACGUGAUAGAACAAACACACACCAAGCAAAGUAAAGCUGAAGACACAGAAGAAGAAGAAGAAAAAUUCAAAUACAACACGCCUCAGCACCGACACUACUUAAGCUUCGAAGGCGUUGGCUUUGGGACGCCAAGUCAACGGGAGAAACAGUACAGACAGUUUCGGGCAGACCGUGCGACGGAGCAGGUGAUGGAGUAUCAACGACAGAAACUCGAGAGGGAGCACUUUGCUAAUAUCGUGACUGUGAGAGAUGUAAGGCAGAGCAAAGAACUAAAGAUAACUCAAGCCAUAGAGCGCCUGGUGGAGGACCUCAUUCAGGAGUCGAUGGCAAAAGGAGACUUCGACAAUCUCAGUGGGAAAGGAAAGCCUCUGAAGAAGUUUUCUGGAUGUUCAUAUAUCGAUCCCAUGACUCACAACCUAAACAGAAUAUUGAUAGAUAACGGGUACCAGCCAGAGUGGAUUCUGAUGCAGAAGGAAAUCAAGGAUACCAUUGAGCAACUUCGAGAAGCACUUUUAGUGUCCAGGAAGAAGCUUGGGGACCCCCUGACACCUGGGGGACAGAGACAGUGGAACCAGGUCUGUGAGCAGUUUCAAGAAAACAUCCGAAAGCUGAACAAGAGAAUUAGUGAUUUCAACUUGAUUGUGCCCAUUCUGACCAGGCAGAAAGUUCAUUUCGAUGCACAGAAAGAGGUGAUCAGAGUCCAGAAAAUGUAUGAGGCCUUCAUAGAAGCAAAAGAAAUCACAGGUGAAAACCCAACUGACACUAGCCAGGAAGACGAGAAAACACCCAGAGUCAAGACAGGCUUUCUAAACUGGUUGAAUCUGUGGAAAUUUAUUAAAAUUUGACUAUCUCGACAUUCACGAU